GGGCCGGGAUCCAUUUUUCUCAUCUAAGUCUUCUCCACGCCGCCGCCCUCCUCUUGCGCCGCCGCCGCCGCCACCGCCGCCGCACUCUGCAACCGCGCCGCGUGGAGGGAGGGAAGGACGAAGGAGGAAGGAGAUGGAGCGGGUCGGCGGCGGGGAGAAGCAGCUGGAGGACUGCACCGUGUCCAAUGCUCUCGGCACCUGGUUCUUCUCAGUUGCUGGUGCUCUUGUUGCUAUUCCUGUGGGGAUAAAGAAGAAAUCCUUGGCACCACUGGUUUUCUUUGGCACUACUGGAACUAUGCUUGAUAUCAUCAUGGGCAUUAGCCAAUGCGAGCGGGAGCAUGCUGAGCGGCAGAUGAAGCUUUUAGAAGCUCAAAACCUUUCUGCCAAUGCUUCAGCAGAUGGUGAAAACUGAUCAAGUUCUUUGAUUAUUAGGACAAGCAAAAUGCAGCUGUUGUUUUUCGUAACUUACUAGUUGAUCUGUAAUUGGCAUGAUCUUCUGCUCUUGUACAAAUUUGUCCAUCCAAAAUACGGAAAUCUUGAUAUUUUAAAUAUUCUCCAAUAAGUAUAUUGAGCAGUGGUUAAUCCUUGAUUUUU